GGGCCGCGUCGGAGCGAAGACAACAAAGGGUGGCGGGCAGCGGGAGGCGGGCGGUGGUGAACGCGUCUCGCGGUGCUCCGCUCAGGCCGCGCACCCGGACCUGCCAGCCCCGCUCCAGAUGAAGUGUGAGCACUGCACGCGGAAGGAAUGUAGUAAAAAAACAAAAACCGAUGACCAAGAGAAUGCAUCAGUCGAUGUACCAAGUCCAGCCCACGAGAAUGGAGAGAAAGGAGAAUUCCAUAAAUUGGCUGAUGCCAAGAUAUUUCUGAGUGACUGCCUGGCCUGUGACAGCUGUGUGUCUGCAGAGGAAGGAGUCCAGGUUUCCCAGCAGAACGCCAAGGACUUCUUCCGAGUUCUGAACCUUAACAAGAAAUGUGAUGCCUCAGAGCACAGGGUGCUGGCAGUGUCGGUAUGUCCUCAGUCUCUGCCUUAUUUUGCUGCGAAAUUCAGCCUCAGUGUGACUGAUGCAUCCAGAAGACUCUGUGGCUUCCUCAAAAGUCUUGGGGUGCAUUAUGUCUUCGAUACAACAAUCGCUGCAGAUUUCAGCAUCCUGGAGAGUCAAAAAGAAUUUGUGCGUCGAUUCCGCCAGCACAGUGAGGAAGAGCCCACGUUACCCAUGCUGACCUCUGCCUGUCCUGGCUGGGUCCGAUAUGCUGAGCGGGUGCUAGGUCACCCUGUCACCCCCCACCUCUGCACUGCCAAGUCUCCCCAGCAGAUUAUGGGAUCCCUGGUGAAGGACUACUUUGCCAGACGGCAGAACCUGUCCCCAGACAAGAUUUUCCAUGUCAUCGUGGCCCCUUGCUAUGACAAGAAGCUGGAGGCCCUUCAGGAAGAUGUUCUCACAGCCUCGAGGGGUUCCCGGGGCACUGACUGCGUGCUAACCUCAGGUGAAAUCACUCAGAUGAUGGAACAAAGUGACCUCUCGGUGAGAGACGCUGCUCUGGACACUCUGUUUGGAGAUAUGAAGGAAGAGGAGGUUAGGCGCCAUGACGGAGCCAGCUCCGACGGAUACCUGGCGCACAUCUUCAGACAUGCGGCCAAGGAGCUGUUCAACGAGGACGUGGGGGAGGUCACCUACCGCGCCCUGAGGAACAAAGACUUCCAGGAGGUCACCCUCGAGAAGAGCGGGGAGGUUCUCUUGCGCUUUGCUGCUGCUUAUGGCUUUCGAAACAUCCAGAACGUGGUCCUAAAGCUGAAGAAGGGCAAGUUCCCGUACCACUUUGUGGAGGUCCUCGCCUGUGCCGGGGGGUGCCUUAACGGCAGAGGCCAAGCCCAGACCGAGGAUGGGUGCGUGGACAAGGCCCUGCUGCAGAAGAUGAAAGGCAUCUACGCUGACAUCCCCGUGCGGCUCCCGGAGACCAGUGCCCAUGUGCAGGAGCUGUACCAGGAAUGGCUGGAUGGCACUGACUCCCCCCGAGUCCAGGAAGCCCUGCAUACCGCAUACCAGGGCCCAGGGCAUCCUGCUAACAGCCGAGACAUCAAGUGGUGAACGUCGAGGAGGCUGGGAGUCAGGCCUGUCAGCUGCCUGAGGAUGGAGGAGCUGCCACGUGUGGGUAUCAGAGACACUGGAAGAAAACAGCUCAGCUUUUCUCUUAUUACUUUGGUUUUUCAGAAUUCUCUGCUACCCCCAUUUGUCAGCAGCCCCCUCCCUCAGUUUGAUGAGGUGCUAUCUUCGUAAUAUACAUGUGAUUGGAAUAUUUUAACGUGAGAGAAGGGUGCCCCAAUUUGAGGUUCCUUUAAGACUGAAAAAUUCCAAAGAACAAGAAUGGAGGCAGAGUACUGUCUUCUGGGCUUAAUGAAAAUCCAGAAAGUGUCCUGUGAACAGCUAAGACCCCAGGAGUUCUGAUUCACAUGCCUCAGAGAGAUUUGAUGUGGAAAUGACAGGAAGCGGGCAGGAUGCGGGGGUCUAUGGUCUGCCCAGUUGGCUCUUAUUUUUACCCACUUAUUUUAUUCUUAAAAAUGUUUUUGCUGGGCUUCCCUGGUGGCGCAGUGGUUGAGAGUCCGCCUGCCAAUGCAGGGGACAUGGGUUCGUGCCCCGGUCCGGGAAGAUCCCACAUACCACGGAGCGGCUGGGCCUGUGAGCCAUGGCCGCUGAGCCUGCGGUUCAUGUUUUUGCCAGAAUGUGAAUAAACUGCAUCCUUUAGGAAUCGGGGCUCAUAAAUAUGAAUCUGGAUUUUCAGCUUUUCUGGAGAAAAAGUUCUGGCAACAGUGGGCCACGUUCCUCACUGCUGUGGUGUCCAGAGUGCAGUAACAGCUGCCUCCUGGGACCAGACUCUCUAACUGUGGCCCUGCAGGCUCUGGCAACUUAUGUCCCAAACUCACGCUUUCACAUUCAGUCUUUAAGUGAACUCACCUUGAGGCAGAGGGAGGCCUGCGAAGGAUGACAGGUGUUACAGAUGGAAGGAUGGAGAGGCAGCUGCCCUGCUCAGGCUAGGCUGUGUGGUCGGCAGUCAGCCUCCUCCAUCCUUCCUUGGGUGGGGUCAGGCAGGUGAUGGCCCUUCUGACCCUGAACUUGGAUGAGGCAGCUUCCUGAUGGUCCAGCCUCUCCUCGUUCUCCUCCCCGGUGUCCUACCCACACACCGUGGGCCUGGCUCGUCCACGGGGCUUGGUGAAGCCUCCAUGGCUCCUGACAGGACUCCCCCACCUGGCAUGUAGUGCUCACGUGAGCUCGCCUUAAAGAAAGGUGGAAGAGAGCAGUUUACCCACAAACAGAAAGGGCUAGCAAAGAAUUGGAAAUUAUGGAAUCAUGGAACUCCAUGUCAGGGCUCAUCCUGUGAAACAAAGAUGUCUGUGGAUAGGCCUCCAGUUCGAUGUUCAAAGCACUUGAAUUUUGUUAUCAUGGGUGGUGACGUUCUUCUUGGAUCCCUCAGUGCUGUAAAGCCUGGGCUGUUAGAUUUCCUUCAUCUACUCUAUGUUGUAUUGUACCUGUAUACCUAUCUGGGUUGACAACUGGAUAUAAUGUGUGAAAUUGUAUAUUUUUUGCUUUCAACCUAUAUACAAUUGGGUUUCUAUCCUCUACAGUAACUGAUUAUGGAAUAAACACUUGA